CUCUUUUCAAUUGAUCUAAAUUUUGCAUGUAUAGGGCAAGGAAGUAAAUCUGUUCCAGCCGGCUAGUGAGUUUUUGCCAAUGAUCAAUGAGGUUUUUAGAAUCCUUGUUGAGGUUACUAAAAAUAUAAAGGGCGCAAAAGUAGAGAACCAUAAAUUUUGUGUCUCUGUACAUUAUCGUAACGUAGAUGAAAAUAGCUGGCCUAUAGUUGCACAGUUUGUUUAUGAUAUUUUGAAAGACUACUCUCGACUGCGAAUAACUCACGGGCGAAAGGUUUUAGAGAUUCGUCCUGUGAUCGACUGGGAUAAAGGAAAAGCAGUUGAAUUUUUGCUUGAAUCCCUAGGAUUUAGUUGCAAUCUAGAUGUGCUCCCAAUCUACGUUGGAGAUGACACAACUGAUGAAGAUGCAUUUAAG